GACGGCCACGAGUUGCCCGCGAUGCUGUUCCGCAAGUCCGCCACCGUCCCAGGCGUGGACUGCUGGGUGAGGCCGACCCUCUUCGGCGGCCUCCACAACGACGGGGUGAGCGAGGAGGAGAGCCCCUCGAGCCACAAGGACUCCUCGCUCCACGCGGCGGACCACGAGCUGGGCUUCGCCAGGCGGUCCUCCGUCGAGGCGCUCGCGGGCGAGGUCCGGGCCCUGCGGGAGGAGCAGGGCGACAUCAAGGCCCUGCUCCAGGAGGUGGUGGCGCGGCUGCCGCCCCCGCAGGCGCAGGAGAGUACGCCCAAGCGCCGGGGCUCUGCGCUGACCUGA